GCCGCAAAAGGAACAAAAGAAGAAGUUACGCGGGUGUCGUUCACAUCAUAUAGUUCACAGAUACAGCUUUGUGGGGAGAAAGCUGCCGCCUACUCCUAUUCUUAAUUUAAAUAUCGCGGUAGUUUCGUUGUUUAUGAUUCAAAAGUAGCUGGCGGCGGUUGGUGUUCCCUGUCCUUUCGCCAGUACCAGGGAUAUUUUUUAGCUGGUGUUAGCAACGGAGCUAAGUGUUACUGCUGGCACGUUCAUCGCCAUUUUGCGAAUUCGUCAGCGUACGACUUUGACCAAGAGCAAGCUGGUGGUAAAUUCUGCAGCAUGGCAGAGGCAGAUCGACCAGGGAAGCUCUUCAUCGGUGGUCUGAACACUGAGACCACUGAGAAGGCCUUGGAGCAGUACUUCAGCAAAUAUGGCAGGAUAGUCGAAGUUAUUUUAAUGAAAGACCGUGAAACAAACAAAUCCAGGGGAUUUGCAUUUGUCACUUUUGAAAGUCCGGCUGAUGCAAAGGAUGCCGCACGUGAGAUGAAUGGAAAGUCACUUGAUGGCAAGGCUAUCAAAGUGGAGCAAGCUACAAAGCCCCAGUUUGAGAGUGGAGGCAGGCGAGGACCCCCACCCAUGUACUCACGCAGUCGUGGUCCGCCCAGGGGCUCCCGUGGAUCAAGGGGAGGUCCUGGUGGUAUGAGGGGCCCACCAUCCAGAGACUACUAUGAUAAUUCAGGAAAUGGAGAAUCAUUCUUUAAAGGGAUGUCAUCCCGAGGCCCCCCUCCAAUGAAAAGAGGACCCCCAGUACGCAAUGGAGGACCCCCAGCAAAGAGGUCUGCCCCAUCUGGUCCUAUGAGCAGGGCACCUAUGUCAAGGGACAGAGAUCCUUAUGGUCCACCACCUCGCAGAGACUCCAUGAUGUCCAGGAGAGAUGAUUAUCCAUCACCACGAGAUGAUCAUUACAACUCUAAAGACAGCUACUCCAACCGGGAUUACAAUUCCAGAGAUUCAAGGGAUUAUGGACCUCCGCCCAGAGAUUACUCAUACAGAGAAUAUUCUAAUUCCAAUUCCCGAGAUGAUUAUGGCUCAAUGUCAAGAGGAUACAGUGAUCGUGAUAAUUAUGGGGGAGGCCGUGAACCAAGAAGCUAUAUUGAUCGCCCUAGUGGUGGCUCCUACCGUGAUUCAUAUGAUGGUUAUGGUAACUCUCGCAGCGCCCCACCUUCACGGGGCCCCCCACCAUCCUAUGGUGGGAGCAGUGGAAGCAGUCGUUAUGAUGACUAUGGCAGCAGUUCCCGGGAUGGCUAUGGCAGUCGUGACAGUUACCCCAGCAGUCGGAGUGACCCAUACCCACCUAGCCGUGGUGAGCGAAUGGGCAGGCAGGAUAGGGGCCCAGCUCCCCCUGUUGAGAGAGGCUACCCUCCUCGUGAUUCAUACAGCAGCUCAAGUCGUGGAGGGCCACGAGGUGGCCGUGGGGGCAAUCGAGCUGAUAGAGGAAUGGCUCGCAGCAGAUACUGAACUGACCAUGGAAAUUGAACUAAAGCAAAUGAUAGUCUCCGUGUACAGUAAACAUGCAUUGGAAGAAAUCUGACAAGACAAACUAGCCAUGUCUAAAUCUGUGGAAUAUGAACCGUAGCUUUGAACUGUAUCUUGACUUUUCCAGUUUUUUAUGUGUAAACCUUUUUUUUUUAAGUAUUUUCUUGCUCAUGUAACAGUACAGUUACCAAGUGAGUGUUUUGUACAUUCAGUGCUGUUGGUAUCUGCAAUGCCCUAUAAGCCUGGCUACUCUAAUAAAGCUUUUAGUUGUACUUUGAACACCGCUCAUCCAUUUUCAAAACAAGAUCAGAGGCGUUAACAUGAAUCUCAGUAGCGCCAUGAUAUCCAUGAAGUGUCCUGAAGUUUAGGUGAGUCUCUGCUCAUACUAUACAAAUAGACAAGUAACUUGAGUUAAUUCUUCAAACUGGACGCUGCUGUUUUCAAGGGUUAGGCAACUGUUACUCUAGAAAUGUUCCAAUGUAGUCUCCUUGGAAAUGGACCCAUCUCCCUAUGAGCCAUUUGAUGGCAUGCAACGACAAAACCAAAGGCAACAACAACCAAAUGCAACUCGACCGAUAGUCAAGAGCUGGUAAGCAAAGCAAACCUCUUUGUUUCUCAUCUGUAAGUGAGUUUCUCAUUGUCCUGUAUUGCUAUCUCCACUCAAAGGGGUGAAAUCCAAGACAACUUUUGCCACAAGGGACAAAAGACAAAUGGAGGUCAACCAAAUGAGGCUUUUUCAUUGUAGUCAGUUUUCAGCAGCUAAGUUGUCAAGUGAAGGAGCAUUUCAAGACAUUUCGUCCGUUUCCAACAAUGAAACCUUUGACACCAACUGAGCCCUCAAAACAACACCUUUUUGCCUUUCCACUCAACAAUCAAAUGAUUGGCCACAGCACUUUUUGUUAUCGUGUAGAAAUGUCUAGUUACUUUUUUUUUUUUGGUUGAAAAGGCAUUUUUAAAUUAACAGUGAUUUACUCAGAAUCAGAACCUUUUCCACAAGCAUGCCAAUUCAAACAAUGGAGACCUCUGGGAGAAUGCCAUCGUCACAACUGCCAAACUGGAAACAAACACUAACAAAACAAAAUUCUAAGUCGGACCAAGGACUAAAAAAAAUUGCUUUCACAUUUUAUGAAUACAUGAUUAAGACAAGGGCAACAUGUUAAUAUUGUAUUCUCAUUGCAGGAUGAACAUCCCUUGAAGGCACUUGCCCUUGAAACUUAACCUGAACUGUGUCUUCAAGUUAUUGAACUGACCAAGCCCAGUGCACUCAUGCAGCAUUUCAGAUAAUGGCGCGGACAGGCAUCUGUUGAAGUUGCUGGUUUCUUCAAGCGGAGCGUGUUGAAAGUGGGAAGAACACAGGCUGAGGAUUUGAUCAAAUUCACAGUUGAUGGUGUUUUCAAUAAAGACUUUGAAAAGAG